ACUGCGCAGAGAUAUUUUGCGUCUACUCGUCUUCCAGCCCACUGUUGCUCAGGGUUUGCUGUACUGAUCGGGUGAGUUAGUGCUAACGGGCUGGGUUAUCCCCGCAUCUCAGCUCCGGACUUGGCACCGUCACAAGCUUGGAGCUCCCCUCCCCCGAACGUGGGCCUGGCGUUUACCAUUCACGGCCAGCCGACUAGCCUGCAUCAGUCUGCCGACCAAGAAGAUCCUCGGCCCAGACGUCAAGAUGGGUGACGUCUGUAUCAUGAAUAUAUUAUCUGCCGACCGCCCAGCCCUCUCCGCACGCUGCAUACCCCAUUGCAUUCCUCCCUUCGUACCUUGAGUCCUUCGAACAUAUCCAUCAAUUGUACCAGACAUAUAUAUAUUCCACAAUGGCAGCUAGCGCCGAUAGUAUCCUGCGAGAGGUCAACAUCCUCGGCGACCUCAACGACCAGAACCGUCACAUUCUCAGCAAGGACGCCUGUGUCUUCCUUGCGCUCCUCCACCGCACAUUCAAUGAGCGCCGGAAGGCGCUGCUCCAGCGACGAGUAAUCCGACAAGCAGAGCUCGACAAGGGAAACCUUCUCGACUUCCUCCCAGAGACCAAGCACAUCCGUGAGAACGAUGCAUGGAAGGGCGCGCCGCCAGCGCCAGGUCUUGUUGACAGGCGCGUCGAGAUUACUGGCCCAACCGAUCGCAAGAUGGUUGUCAAUGCUCUGAACUCGAACGUUUGGACUUACAUGGCCGACUUUGAGGAUUCAUCUGCACCAACAUGGGACAACAUGAUCAACGGCCAACUCAACCUCUACGACGCCAUCCGCAAGCAAGUCGACUUCAAGCAAGGCGAGAAGGAGUACAAGCUGCGCACCGACCGAACACUCCCCACGCUCAUUGCUCGCGCGCGAGGAUGGCAUCUUGAGGAGAAGCACUUCACCGUUGAUGGCGAGCCCAUCUCUGGUGGACUCUUCGACUUCGGAUUGUACUUCUUCCACAACGCACACGAGCUCGUCAAGCGUGGAGCGGGCCCAUACUUCUACCUGCCCAAGAUGGAGUCACAUCUUGAGGCGAGGCUGUGGAAUGAUGUCUUCAACCUGGCACAGGACUACAUUGGCAUGAGGCGCGGAACCAUUCGCGGUACCGUCUUAAUCGAGACCAUCACCGCUGCCUUCGAGAUGGAUGAGAUCAUCUACGAGCUCCGCGACCACUCCUCAGGUCUCAACUGCGGUCGCUGGGAUUACAUCUUCAGCACCAUCAAGCGCUUCCGCCAGAACCCCAACUUCGUCCUCCCCGACCGCGACUCCGUCACCAUGACCUCACCCUUCAUGGACGCCUACGUCAAGCUUCUCAUCAAGACUUGCCACAGACGCGGCGUUCACGCCAUGGGCGGCAUGGCUGCCCAGAUCCCCAUCAAGACCGACCCGAAAGCGAACGACGCUGCCAUGGCCAAGGUGCGCGCGGACAAGCUCCGCGAGGCACGCGCUGGUCAUGACGGUACAUGGGUAGCUCACCCAGCCCUUGCGGCUAUCGCGAGCGAAGUCUUCAACGAGCACAUGCCUACACCCAACCAGAUGCACGUCCGCCGUGAGGACGUCCACAUCACCGCCAACGACCUCCUCAACAUGAACGUACCUGGGAAGGUCACUGAGGACGGCAUCCGCAAAAACCUUGACAUUGGUCUCAGCUACAUGGAAGCUUGGGUUCGUGGUGUCGGCUGUGUACCCAUCAACUACCUUAUGGAGGACGCUGCUACUGCUGAAGUUUCAAGAAGCCAGCUGUGGCAAUGGACCAGGCACAACGUCGAGACUGCUGAGGGUAAGAAGGUCACCAAGGACUACGCGCUCAAGCUUCUGCACGAGCAGGCCAAGGCGCUCAGCGACAAGGCACCAAAAGGCAACAAGUUCCAUCUUGCGGCCAAGUACUUCGAGGGCCAGGUUACUGGUGAAGACUACGCCGAAUUUUUGACAUCACUGCUCUACAACGAGAUCACAAACGUAGGUCCGCCCAAGGGAGCCUCCAAGUUGUAACUUACACUUUACGAUACCUUGCAAUUUCCUUACAUCUACUGCUAUAUCCUGUAACCUUAUACCAAUGUCCAGACCAUAAGAGUCUGUAACCAAAACGAAUAAAGUUCAUAAACCUCGCAAUCACUACCACUACCCUGCUUGUCUUCCGUAAAAUUAAAGCAUGUGAGUGUAAGCUAACGCGGCUACCACAGGUCGGCUCCCCGGUUGCGGCCUCGAAACUGUAGGCGGGCGUGUGCCGAGGUAUGAUCCAGGUGCUCGGAUGUACAGUGCGUGGACGGUAGAGAUGGGCUUUGGAAGAGGUGUGAUUAGUCUAGAACGCAAGAGGGGUUGACAUGUGAAAGACCAUGGCUCGAAUAGUAUAUGAUGAACAAACGAACAAUCGUUCCCAGCCAUAUCAUUAGUGGGGGUAUUUGUCA